CACACACCACAAGAGCCAUGAUUGAUUCAGCGAGUUUCCCCGAAGAGAAUAGAGGUAGUAGAGGAAGAGGGUUUAACAGGAUGAAGCCAGGGGAUGUUUUAACUCACCUGGGAUCCAUAGUUGCUAGUUUGAUGUUCGUUUGGGCUCUGUUUCAGCAGUACUUCCCAUACCAACUCCGCCACAACAUAGAUAAAUACUUCCAGAAAGCCUUCUCCUUCGUCUACCCUUACAUCCAAAUCACUUUCAGUGAAUUCACAGGCGAGCGUCUGAUGCGCAGCGAGCUCUACUCCGCUAUCGAGAACUAUCUUAGCUCAACUUCAUCGACCCAAGCCAAGCGGCUGAAGGCCGACGUACUGAAGAACAAUCAGUCCUUGGUGCUUAGCAUGGAUGAUCACGAAGAGGUUGCUGAUGAAUUUCAAGGGAUCAAGUUUUGGUGGGCUUCUGGGAAGAACAUCUCCAAGAACCAAACGCUUUCUUUCUAUCCAGUCAAGGAUGAGAAAAGGUAUUACAAACUGACUUUUCACAAGCGGCAUAGGGAUCUCGUCAUUGGGCCGUAUCUAAGCCAUGUCCUGAAGGAAGGGAAAGCAAUCAAUGUUAGAAACCGGCAGCGGAAGCUCUACACCAACAAUGGAUCGCACUGGAGCCAUGUGAUGUUUGAGCAUCCAGCAACUUUCGAGACACUUGCGUUGGAGGCAGAAAAGAAGAAGGAAAUUCUCGAGGAUUUGACCACGUUUAGCCAAGCGGAAGAGUUCUAUGCGAGAAUCGGAAGAGCUUGGAAGAGGGGUUACCUUCUCUAUGGUCCUCCUGGGACCGGGAAGUCCACCAUGAUUGCAGCCAUGGCAAAUCUUCUGAAUUAUGACAUCUAUGACCUAGAAUUAACCGCCGUGAAGGACAACACCGAGCUUCGGAAGCUUCUAAUCGAGACCUCGAGCAAAUCCGUGGUCGUGAUCGAGGACAUCGAUUGCUCUCUCGAUCUCACUGCUCAACGAAGGAAGCCGAAGGAGAGCGAAGAAGCAACGAGCGAGCAGGAUCAGAAGCCGAAACCGCCGAAGGAAGACAGGGAACCUAAACAAAGCCAAGUAACUCUUUCAGGGCUCUUGAACUUCAUCGACGGGCUAUGGUCAGCUUGCGGCGGGGAGAGACUUAUCGUUUUCACCACCAAUCACGUUGAGAAACUCGAUCCAGCCCUAAUCAGGAAAGGUAGGAUGGACAAACACGUUGAGCUUUCCUACUGCAGCUUCGAGGCAUUCAGAGUGUUGGCCAAGAAUUACCUUCUGCUGGAUGACCACCAACUGUUCGACAAAAUUCGCCAGUUACUAGAACAAACUAAGAUAACCCCGGCUGACGUUGCUGAGCAUUUGAUGCCGAAGACCGUCCCGCCGAAUGCCGAGGUUUGCUUGAGUAGUCUGGUGCAGGGACUUGAAGCCGCCGCGGCGGAAGAGGAGGAGGCGAGAUCGAAAGCAGAGGAAGAAGGAAUGAACAAGGAGGAGAAAGAGAUCAGUGCCAUUGUUGAAGAAACGAAAGAGGAAAAUUCUGCUAGCAAAGAAGAAAGCAAGUACAAUCAGCAGUAGCUGGUCCCAAGUAGCAUUUCAUCUAACUGAGAUCUUUCUGGACAUUCACUUUCCUUCUAGCUUUGUUAAUUUGAGCAGUAAAAUGUAAGAUUCCAGUUAUUGCGGUUCCAUCAUCCGUUUGUCAGAACUCUUGAGGAGGAUACAUCGUGGUGUCGAUGGUUUCAUAUCAGUUUCGCAAUUCGCACUGUGAUUUGGGCCAAUUCUCAUUUUAUGCAAAGCCCAUCCAGUUUAACCGUCAAAAUAAUGAAAGCGAGCUUGUGUGGCGGAAGAAAUUCUGCUCUAAAGACGAAUAAGGCCCAAGCUAUCUAGAUUCUAGCCCAACAAAAGCCCAAGUAUCCAUUUACCCAAGUGCCCAUUAGGCCAUUAAGACCGCUCAAUAUAGUAAAAAUGCAAAAUAUAUAAACUUCGGAGAGAAAUUGGGUCGGUUUAGCAAGUGAAAUUGUAUGAUUAGUGGUACAAUUGGUUUAAUUUGUGUCGGUUCAUGUCGACUUAACAUAAUACGACAUUCCAAAUAAAAUAAUAAACAUUCAUUUAAAUACAACAUUUAACAUCAACAUCUACACGUUUAUACCCGAAUCCAAAAAAUGACAUCAACUUUUAACUUGUAUAUUAGUAAAGUAUAUAAUAAAUUUUUACCACAAAAAAGUAUAUAAUAAAUUGAUCAUGUCGAUCAUACCGAUGAAAAAUUAUAUCAAUUUCAUAACCGGUAUCAGCUGAACCAAAUUCAACCGACCAACAUCCCACCAGCAUGACAACCAUACACAGGACAACAAUAUUUUGACUAAUAGAAACCAUAUUCAUCAACAAACUAAACCUUGAAAAAAGGGGCAUGAAAUGUUCCAUUACAACCUUUGGAAGCGGUCAUCAUCAUCCUCGUACCAUGGAAAAUGCUGCCAACUACACAUAUAGAAACAAACAUAUUUACUUAUUUAUCUACACUACUAUUCAACGCAUGGUGUGUGUGAACAUAGACAGAUGACAGUCACUUUUCCUCGUGACAUAAUAGUUUCCUGGAAAAUCCCCCUGGAAAAUAGCCACCAGCCCCGGCCUUUUCCACGAAUUGACCCGCAUAUAAUAACAAUACUAAACUAAUUAAAUAAAAAAAUAAUUAGUGGUUAAACCUUCCAGCAUUAACACAGCUCGGGGCUGUCUAUAUAUGACGAGGAGAAGCGUCCAUAAUCAUUAGUUUAUCAUCUGCCUCUUUAUAUAUAGAGAGAUGGAGGGAGAGAGGCAUUGGUGAGGAACUAUUUGGGGAGCGAUCGAGAAGAGUGAGACGAUUGGGAGAGGAGUUGGGGGGUUUCUUGUCGCAGGAGAGAUGGUUUUAGCGUUGGUAGCUAUACCGACAGAGCCCUCUCAAUUUCUUGUCCACUACGGUACGGUAGCUAGCUAGACAUGGGAAGGAGUACUGUAUGUGAAUCUUUUCAUCUCUACCUACGUUUCUUCUUUCUUCAUCAUCUUCUUCUUCUAUUAUUGGGUCUUGAAUUUGCAGCGUCGAAGGUAGAUAAUAUGAAAUUUUGACUUUUCUUUUCUUCUCCAUGUCAGGCCAGGGAUGGUUGGUGGGCCCAAAGUUCUUGGCCCCAAGUUCUUUGGGCCAUAGACUUUCUGGGGAGUGGGCCCACUCACAAUAUUCUACAAAUUGGCAGUGGCCAGUUUGCCUUCUGUAGACUUGGAAGGUUUACUAGUUCACGUUGACUCUGAUACUCUCAUUCUGAAGAUUUGCAGGAAUAGAUGGACUGGAACUGGAGAGUGGAUUAUAGCAUUCACAAUCGAAGCAAACGAUGUGGAGGUAUUCAAACUUGAUCCGUACAAUUCAAAACAAUUUUAUUUUGAUUUUUUAUGACUUCCUGUAAAUCAGCUUAACCCUCUGAAUUACAACAACUGCCCUGCCAUCAUGCGUGCACGUUUGGGAUGGAGGAAGGAUAGAGAAACUAAAUGACCCGAAAAGAGGCUAGAAAUCCACACUGCAUUUUCUGGCAGGAUUUCUGGCGACCAACACAAGCCGGCGAUUGUCUCUAAGACUGGUACAGAGUAGGGCUGUCAAUUUGGUUUGGUUAACCAAACCAUUAAGUAUGCAAAACCAAAAAUCAAAAACCAAAUCCAAAACCAAAACCAAAAUCAAAACCAUUAAGGCCCUUAUUGGUUUUCGGUUGCCAAAAACCAAUAAGCGCUUUAAUGAUUU